AUGGAAACCAUUGUGAAUAUGAAAGACAUUUGGUGGCAAAUCUUCACUGGAUAUGUCGGUGCGAAUCACAUACAACCAUACAGUGAGACCAAACACCUGACACAUCGGACACUCAAACGGUUUAAACGAACGGUUAAUUAUAAGGGGGCUGAAGAAGAGGUCGGUUCAGGUCAUGGCUCAGACAACCUCGAAGUUGAUGGCAAACUUCGGUCUCUGAAUGGCGCUUCCCUUAAAGAUAUAGUUAUGAAAAACUGCGGUAUUUCUAAGAAACUGGGAAAACGUAUCGUAAAUGGGAAGACGGCGGAGGAGGGCACCUACCCCUGGGCCGUAUCCAUUGUCAAGUUCGGUGAUGGUUGGUGUGGAGGUGCCAUCUUGAAUGAGUGGUGGAUCAUCACUGCCUCCCAUUGUUUCAUGACUGGAUUGGAUCCCAAGGAGUAUGCCGUAAGAGUUGGAUCUGUUAACAGGAAUAGUGGCACCACUUAUAAGAUAAGCAAACUUAUAAUGCAUGAGAGGUUUCAUUUGGACGGUAUGUAUAACUCGGACAUUGCUCUCUUGAAAAUGAAAAGACCCAUCAAAAUGGGUGAUACAGUGAACGGGGUUUGUUUGCCGGGUAACCACUACGAGGAGCCGAUGACUGCCAGCCUAAUAGUGGUGGGAUGGGGUGUCACUGAAUUUCGUAACAGAGAUCUUCCCGAUUACUUACAAGAAGUCACUCUACGAAGGGUUAGUGAUGGCGAGUGUGCCGUAGAGUAUAAAGCAAAAGGUAAUACCAUUUAUAAGUCACAACUGUGUACGUGGGAUAAGAGCAAGGAUGCCUGUCAGGUACAAGUCACUCUACGAAGGGUUAGUGAUGGCGAGUGUGCCGUAGAGUAUAAAGCAAAAGGUAAUACCAUUUAUAAGUCACAACUGUGUACGUGGGAUAAGAGCAAGGAUGCCUGUCAGGGAGAUUCUGGUGGACCAGCUAUUGAAAUACAGAAUUCUCGGGCUAUUCUUAUAGGGAUUGUGUCGUAUGGUUCCCGUUGUGCCGACGAAUUUCCAGGAGUUUACACUCAAGUCUCAUAUUUUCUCGAUUGGAUUCAACAACAAAUUGAAGACAAUUCAUGA